AUGUUUAUGUCAGCCAUAAGUUAGCUUUAGCUCAUUGUACGCUUUAUGUAACGUUAGCUGCUUGUCGAUGUCUGUUAAAAUGUCGCUUUGAUUUGACGCUUUAUUUAUUUGUCUUUUUUAACGUAUACGCAGUAGAAAUGUUAAUUUAAUAACAGAAGAUAGCGUUAUCUCGUUUGCUAAGCAGAAUAGUAUUUUUGCCUUGCUUCUAUCGUUAACGUACUUCACCAUGUUUAAGGUGAAAAUAUUAUUAAUUGGACCAAGCGAGUGUGGGAAAACAGCAUUGGCCAAUUUUCUCUCCGAUACAACGGAAUCAAUCGGAGCUGAUUACAGCCCAACACAAGGCGUUAGGAUUCUUGAGUUUGAAUCACACAAUUUACAUAAUGGCAACAAAAGUUCAUCAUGUGAUGUGGAACUGUGGGAUUGUGCGGGAGAUUUUAAGUUUGAAUCAUGCUGGCCAGCUUUGAUGAAAGACUCCAAUGGGGUAGCUGUUGUAUUUAACCCAGAUGUGCCCAGUCAUCUAAAGGAAAUUGAGACCUGGUACUCUGCAUUCAUCUCAUCACAAGGGCUGCUGGAGGGCCAGUGUUUACUCAUAGCACAUCAUAAACCAGGGAGUGGGGCUGACACGAACCGUCCAUCAUUAGCUCCACAGUUAAACAAACUGCCUCUCAUUCACUCAAACCUUGAGGAAGAGCCUGAAGAGGUCCGACAGGAGUUCAACAAAUACUUGGGAAAAGUUAUGCGGAUGCUAUCAGAAAGCCAAGAACGUGAAGAGAUGUCAAUUAUAACAUAAUACACAUUUUGUACUUUAUGUAUAUUAGAUAAGUCUAUACAUGAAAAAAAAUUAUGUUAGUCCUCUGUUCGCCAAUUAUAUUGUCAAAAUGUGAUCACGAUUCAAUUUAUUAUACAAUCGCAUUAAAAUCACCUUGAUUUAAGAG